AUGGACUGGAGGAAGAAGGGAGUCAUCACUCCGAUCAAAGACCAAGGACAGUGCGGAAGCUGCUGGGCAUUUUCAACUGUGGGCACAAUGGAAUGA